AUGGUAGGAACUGGUGUCUUUGUCGCGACGGCGCAUAACGUCGUGGUGACAGUGCGUAAUACGACAGUGUUUGUGCUUCCUACAACCACUUCAGAUACAAAGAAAUUGGUUCAUUUCGAGGUGUUGCAGGGUGCAGACGGUGUGGUAGAAGCUUUAGAAUCUGACGACGAUGAGGAUCAGGCUGAAAAGCUCAAGAAGAAGCAGGCGACGAAACCUGCAGCACCAGCUAAUCGUAUCACGGCUAUCAAGUUGUUUCGACCGCAUGGGUGGGAGAUUUUAGCGUUGCUGUUGCUCGUGGAUGAACGACGACUGGUGUAUUACGAGCUGAACCUGUCGGCCGAGACGUUGCUGCUUAAGGCGUCCCGCUCAGUGCCUCGUAGUGCCACGUGCAUGACUGUGGGUCAUUUAAAACUGGACAAUGGGGAGAUCAAGUACGCAGUUAUUGUGGGCCAAAAGACGGGUGAGGCUGUAGCUGUGCCCUUCCCGGAUGUGGCCCGUGACCUCAAGACGCUGUUGGGCCACACCACGUCCAUGGUCACGGACGUGGCUGUCAAUCACAAUUCGUCACUGCUUCUGACAGCUGAUCGUGAUGAGAAGUUACGUGUAUCGCGAUUUCCAAAUGCUACGAUUAUUGAAAGCUACUGCUUGGGCCAUACUGCGAGUCUGACCAAACUGGCUUGCAGUUCUGUCACGCCAGAACUCGUCGUUACGACGUCCAUGGACAACACGCUGAAGCUCUGGAAUAUGAUGACGGGGAAGCUAUUGGCAACGAAGAUGCUGCUCCCAGACGUACAAGUGUCAGUAGAACCUCUGGACGAGGUUAAUGAUAAUGAUAAUGACAGUGGUCGCAAGGCUGCCAAGAGCUUGCUGAACGUGUCACUGGCGAUUUGUCACAAGACGAACAUUGUGGCGGUGCUCGUAAACUACCAGUACGUGCGAUUUUUCGAGAUCGUAUCUGUUAGUGGAGUAUCGACGUUAAAGGAGGUGAUCAUAUCGAGUGAGGACGAGCAGUUGCUGCUUGCGAAUGAGCCUUGCGAGCUCCUGUUCACGGAAGACGAAAUGCUUGUGAUAUCCUACAAGAAGAAGCCGUUCCUGCAAUUGUUUUCCAUUUCAAAGGGGCAUAACCGAAAGUUGUCACCUGUUGACGCUAUGACUGACGUGUUCAAUGACUUUCGGAACGCUGCUGCAACAAUUGAAUUGGUUGAUGACGAGCAAAAGGCUCUAGAUGUACUCGAGGGUGGUCUGAAAAAGAAAAAGGCUCGGACCAAUGAGUGGAAGAAAAACAUGCCUAGAGGCAAGUGA